AUGCCUUACAACGCCCAAACCGGCAUCUACACCAGUGCCCUCCCCGAUGCUCCGCUCCCACCCAACCUCGACACCCUCUCCAUCUACGACUUCCUCUUCGGCCCCGUCUUCAAACCCGUUGGACCGGGAGCGGUCCAAAGGACAGAAAGGGAAGGAUCGGUGUGGUUGAUCGAUAGUGUGACGGGCAAGACGUUGACGUACGAACAGGCGCAUGAGAGGACGUUGGAUAUCGCCAAGGGGUUCAAGAAGAGAGGGUUGGAGGAGGGAAAUACAGUGGUGAUCUUCAGUCCUAAUGAGGUGAGUUGGUACCUAUGCUUUUGAAAUCUUGCCUUCCUAUUUACGGGGAGGCAUCUCAUUUUUGAAGCGCCUUCCCGAGUGCUGACACAGGUGUCUGUCUGCCUCUGCUUCCCCCCUCGGACUCCGAGCAGGUCGACUAUGCGACCGGCGUAUGGGCGACCUUCCGACUCGGCGGGAUCGUCUCUUGCGCAAACCCCAGUUACACCGCAGGUGAGCUCGCCUACCAAUUGAGCAUGGUCCACAAAUACCAUCCCGUCAAGCUCGUCCUCGCCUCUCCCGAAAGUCUGGCCGACACCUUAGAAGCAUGCAAGAAAGGUUGCCUCCCCGAAUCGAGCGUCAUCCUCAUUCGAGAGGCCUACGCUUCCUCGAGCGACGAGAUCAAAAACCUCGCUCGCAAGUUCCCAACGCUGGACGAUAUCGCCCGAGAAGGUCGUGGGGUCGAACUACCCCCUUUGCCCAAGUUGAAGCCCAAGGGGUUGGCGUUCCUUUCGUUCAGUUCGGGAACGACCGGUUUGCCCAAGGCCGUGGAGAUCCCUCAUCGGUGCUUGAUUGCGAAUGUACUGCAGUCGACCGUGCACUGGAGCAAGCGUCCAUUCACUCGGUACGAUGCCAAGACCAAAAAAGGGGAUGUGAUCGCUGGGGUUUUGCCUUGUGAGUGGCCUCGAGUCCCGGAGGGGAAUACGAUUGAAGCUCGCUCAUGUACUGAAACGCCUCUCGAUCUUUAAAGUCUUCCAUAUUUACGGUCUGGUGUGUUUUGCCGCUCUGAUCGUUUUCCCCCUUAUGUGCUAACCGUCCUCUGAACUGCGCAUUAUUGUUCACAGGUCGUCGUCCUACACAUCAGUGUCUACAAUAACACCCCCGUCUGCGUCAUCCCCAAGUAAGCUCUUAUCCUUUAUGGUCGCUGGGACCACAGUAAGCUAUGUUUGACAGUUGGGUUUGUUCAAUCCUCAAUCAGAUUCGGGCUCGAGUCGUUCCUCGGGUCGAUCCAGAAGUACAAGAUUACGUCGCUCUACGUUGUCCCUCCGAUCAUGAUCCUCCUCGCCAAGAACGAUAUCACAAAGGUGAGCCAGAAUACCUGACAAGUAAGGGGCAUCCGACUCACGAGGGUGACCAUCGUUCUGGACACCUUUCGAGCAGAAAUUCGACCUCUCGAGCGUUCGCAUAUGUAUGGCCGGCGCUGCACCCUUGACGAUCGAGAUCUUUCAACUUUUCUCGCGCAAGUUUCCCAAGGUCCUGGCUGGCCAAGGCUACGGUGCCACCGAAUCAUGUACGAUCAUCACCAAGUUCGACGUCGCAGGCGGCUCGCCUGGCCAUUCGGCUGGUUUGGUCUUCCCCAACACCGAGUAAAUCGCUUCUUCCCGCGUUCAAAUGACUCUGAAUUCACCGUAAUGACGAAUUUUUUCCGUUCCAAUCUAGGGUUAAGAUCGUGUCGCCCGAGGGGAAGAAUUUGCCACCCGGAGGCGUGGGCGAGCUGUGGUCGCGCUCGCCUUCGAAUGCGAUCGGGUAUUUGGCGAACGAGAAGGCGACGAAAGAAACUUGGGACGAGGAAGGUUUCCUCCACAGCGGAGACGAAUGCUACAUCGAUGACAACGGACACAUGUUUGUCGUUGACCGCAUCAAGGAGUUGAUCAAAGGUUCGUCGCUCGACCCUGUUUCCUGAGUAGUCUAUUCGAGGAUUGCGAAGCUGACCUGUAAUGCUGGCUCGGAUUGCACAGUGAGCGGUAAUCAGGUCGCACCUGCCGAAUUGGAAGGGUUCCUCUUGGACCACCCGCUCGUCAACGAUUGCGCCGUCAUCGGCAUCCCGGAUGACUAUACCGGCGAGAAACCCAAGGCAUUUGUCGCUCUUCCCCCGGCCGAACAAGUGAAGCUGGCCAAGGACCCCAAGCUCGCGGACGAGUACAUCGCUAGCAUCAAAAAGGUCGUCGCGGAUAACAAGAUCAAGUACAAGCAUUUGGCCGAAGUGGCUUUCUUGCCUUCGAUCCCAAGUAUGUUUCCUCCUCGGGCCGAGACCCCUAUCUUGCGACCGCGCGGUUGA